CACUCUUGCAAUCGUAAGCCAAACCCAUUAUAUAUGCUCUUUCCAUCUCCUAUAAAACCCAGCUUCAAUUCAUUCCUCAUCCAUUCUAUCCUCAUCCUCUUAAAUAUCAUCACUCUCAUAUACAUACAAACAUACGUCUUCACAUAUAAUAUAUUUGAUUGGUUCUUUCUUGGCAAGAGAGAUCGGUUUGAAAACUAUAUAUAUAGAGAGAGAGAGAUGGCUGGAAAUUACUAUUUAGCCCCUGAAUAUGAAGACCUUUCAUGUAACUUCCCUACAAACUUCACUUCUUCCCAAAACGACAACAUGCCAUCUUCUCUCCACUUUGUGACAAACUUACCUUAUUACCAUCAACCCAGUUCUCAUCCUCAAAUGCCCAUGGUGGAUUUCUAUCCACAAUCUUCAUCUCUGAGCUAUAAUAACUCGAGUACUUCAGAUGAAGCUGACGAGAACCAGAUGAGUAUCAUCAACGAGAGGAAGCAAAGAAGGAUGAUAUCGAACAGGGAGUCAGCUCGAAGAUCCAGGAUGAGGAAACAGAAGCAGUUGGAUGAGCUAUGCACCCAAGUUAUGCGGCUCAGGAACGAGAACCAAGGGCUCAUUGAAAAGCUGAACCACUUCUCGGAGAACCAUGAACAAGUUAUUCAAGAAAAUGAUAGGCUCAAGAAAGAAACCACGGAACUAAGGCAGUUGCUUAGUGAAGCACAACUUGCUAGCACUUACACUACUUUGAGAGAUCUUGAUGAUGAUCAUGAGGCUGGGCUUGUUCCUUCAUGCACCACUGCUUAUCUCAGAGCUCAAUCCUCUACAAAAUCCACCACUAAAAACUCCUCUAAUCUGCUUCAUUGAUUAGUCGAUUCACCAAAAAUGUUCCUUAAUUAACUUCUCAAAUAAAUAAACCCUUUAAGCAAAUGCACCAAAUAUUUACUUCCCCUU